AUGGAGGCGCGGCCGCUGGCCCCACGGAGCUUCCUCUGCAGGACGCUGAGUCCUUUUCCUCGGGUCUUUGCUGCCGAAGCUGUGGCCGCCGAUCCCAAGGCUCUUGUAGAGGACCAGGAACUGUCUUCUUUCGUCUCAGAACCCCAAUACCCGGAAUCCGGAUGGGACCGCCUCCGGGAGCUGUUUGUCAAAGAUGAACAGCAGAGAACUUCAAAAGAACUUCAGGAUAUUUACAAGGCAGCAAUUUCAGCAGGCAUCAUCGGCUGGGCAUAUGGGGGAAUACCAGCAUUUAUUCAUGCUAAACAGCGCUACAUAGAGCAGAGCCAAGCAGAAGUUUACCGCAACCAGCUUGAUGCUGUGCAAUCUGCCCAUCGUGCUGCUACACGAGGCUUCAUCCGGUAUGGCUGGCGCUGGAGUUGGAGAACAGCCAUGUUUGUGACUAUAUUCAAUACAGUUAACACUGGUCUAAAUGUUUACCGAAAUAAAAAUGCCUUAAGUCAUUUUGUCAUUGCAGGAGCUGUCACAGGAAGUCUUUUUAGAAUAAACUUAGGCCUGCAUGGCCUAGUAGCUGGUGGCAUAAUUGGAGCCUUGCUGGGCACUCCUAUAGGAAGCCUAUUGAUGGCACUUCAGAUGUACUGUGGUGAGACAGUUCAGGAGAGAAAACAGAAGGAUCGAAAAGCAUUCCAGGAGCUGAAACUGGAAGAACGGAAAGCCAGACUACAAUUUACUGACCUCCUUCCUGAAGAAAUUGAAAGUAAUUUACAGAAAGAUCGAUCCAAGGAUGAUGCUCAGAAAAUUGAAGCACUGCUAAAUCUUCCUAGAAACCCUUCAUCAACAGAUAAACAAGACAAAGACUAA